UUUCGUGCAAUUUGCACGAACAGACCGUACGAUUUUUCGUUUGCCAAUUAGGAUUUGUUGGUUUAAGUUAGACGUCUAGUGUUUGCAUUGUUAAAAUACCAAUUUACCAGCAGUGACGAUUUUUGCCUUUGGGAAAACAAACAGAUAUCAUGGCGGUGAAAGCCGAGGGAUGACAGAGACCGAGUCCUCGUGCCCAGAGGAAGGCUGUUCGAAAGAUCGAAAAGUGACGUGUUAGGAAAAAUUGACCAAGAUGACACUGGGUCAACGCAUAUCUGGAGCUGUCGCGGUCCUCCGUGGCACUUCGGAAGUUAAAGAAGCCCACACCUCAUCUUCCGACGAGAUCGAGAAGAUCACGCCUGUGAAGGAGAAAAAGGUUCACGAGAAGGUGACACCGCUUGACAGAUUGCAAAAAGUAGUGGAUUGGUUCGGUGAGAACAUGCUUCUGGUGUUAACGAUCGGCGGAGUGUUGGUGGGUCUUAUGCUUGGAUUUCUCGGUAGAUUGGCCAGUCCUUCGCCGCAGGUCAUUACUCUCGUCAGUUUCCCAGGAGAGGUCCUUAUGCGAUCGUUGAAGAUGUUCAUACUACCGUUGAUCGUUUCGUCUCUUAUCUCCGGCAUGGCACAGUUGGACCCUAAAGGUUCGGGAAGAAUGGGAUUCAGAGCGUUGGUAUAUUACUCGGUGACGACCGUUCUGGCUGCUAUAGUCGGUAUCGUGAUGGUACUGAUGAUCCAACCGGGUGAUCCUAGGAUUAAAACGACCAUAACAGCGCCGAAAGCGGACUACAUUAAAAUUUCUACGUUAGACGCUAUCCUCGAUAUAAUUAGAAACAUGGUGCCGGAAAAUUUGGUGCAGGCAUGCUUCCAACAGGCGCAGACCAAUUACGUGACGAAGGAAGUGGUGAUGAUUGGAAGCACAAAUCGAAGUAAUCAAGUCCUAGAGCCGACGUUAAUAUACAGGGAUGGGACGAACGUGAUGGGAAUGAUAAUGUUCUGCAUCACGUUCGGCCUUCUCGCUGGACAGAUUGGUCCUCAAGGAAAAUUGAUGGUCGACUUCUUCGUGGUACUGAACGAAAUAAUUAUGAAGCUCGUCAGUCUUAUUGUGAUGUGGUACUCUCCGUUUGGAAUCAUGUGUCUGAUAGCUGGGAAAAUAAUGUCGAUAAACAAUCUGGCUGCGACCGCUCAGAUGUUGGGUUUGUACAUGUUGACCGUUGUCCUGGGCUUAUUGAUUCACUCUAUAAUCACUUUGCCGAUGAUAUUUUGGUUCAUAACUCGACAGAAUCCUGCAGUGUUCUUCAGGGGUAUGAUGCAAGCUUGGGUUACCGCAUUGGGAACAGCGUCGAGCGCUGCAACUUUGCCUAUAACUUUUCGAUGCUUGGAAGAGAACAAUAAAAUCGACCCACGUGUUACGCGAUUCGUGGUAGCAGUCGGGGCUACGGUGAAUAUGGAUGGAACAGCUCUUUACGAAGCUGUUGCCGCGAUUUUUAUCGCUCAGUUGAAUGGAAUCUCGUUAGGAAUGGGCGAUGUUAUAACAGUGAGUCUCACAGCUACCUUGGCGAGUAUAGGGGCAGCGAGUAUUCCAAGUGCUGCCUUGAUCACGAUGUUAAUAGUACUCACAGCCCUGGGUCUACCUACGAACGAUGUUUCUUUGCUAUUUGCAGUCGACUGGAUGUUGGAUCGAAUCAGGACAUCUAUAAACGUUUUGGGUGAUGGAUACGGAGCUGGAAUAGUUUAUCAUUUAAGCAAAGACGAGUUGGAUAAGAUGGAUCAGGAAAGGAAAUUAGAGAUCCUCGAAACGGGGACACCUCUUGAGGAUAUCUCCGAGAGUUGCAAGCUCGAGACUGCACCUGCUCCCGAACAAACUUCCGAAACGAAGAUUUGAAUCAUAAGAAUAUUGACCUUCUUUCGUACUCCCUCGUCAACUUCUUCAGAAACGACAACAUAAAAGGAAACUGUGCUCACGCAAACACACAACACGCAUACACACAUACACAUAUCGAGUAAAUUGAAUUAUGAGAAGGAUAUUCCUGCGAAAUUGGUAGAAAUGAAACUUUAUCCUUUCACUGCCAACAAAGUUUUUGGACACACGAUCGAACAAAAGUGCUUGAUACAUUGGAAAUUAGACAGAAAAGAAAAAUAUAUAUAUUUAACAAAAGAAUGGAAGAAAAAUGUGAGCAUGUUAAGUA